AAUACAUUUGUGACUCAUGUGGGUGCUCCCUUGUUGGAAACAGGGAUGGAAAUGGACUAGCAAAUUACAACAGCCUGGAAGGUCAAAAUACCUCAGAUUAAGUUCUCUUGUGGUAGCAUGGCUGGAGCGUUCCUGGGUGGAAAGGAUGCAAACUCUCUCCUCAAACGUUUUCCACGUGCAAACGGCUUCUUGGAGGAGUUUCGGCAGGGCAACAUUGAAAGGGAGUGUGUUCAGGAGAGCUGCAGCUUUGAGGAGGCCAAUGAAGUGUUUGAAAACAAGGAGCGAACGAUGGAGUUCUGGAAGAAACGCAGCAUCUACACAGUGAACAGCAGCGCUGAUUCACGCUCAGAUCGUCCGGACACUGUAUACAUGGUGGUGCCACUCCUCGGCGUGGCUCUUCUCAUCAUCAUCGGGCUCUUCCUUAUCUGGCGCUGUCAGCUGCAGAAAGCCACGCGGCGGCGUCCAGCUUACACCCAGAAUCGCUAUUUGGCUAACCGCAACACCAGGAGCCUUCCACGCAUCCUGGUGCAUCGCGACCCACCCUCGCAUUCAGAGAACUCUCAUGCCAACGAGAGGCCCAGUGUGGUGGUCAGCGGUGUUGAGAGGGGUGGAGCUUCUGUCUCAAAUCAGGAUGCCCAUCAUCACAGUAACCGCACCCAGAACAAUCGCUCCCUGUACGUUCAAGAUUCAUCUUUGUCUGUUGCAUCCCACUUAUCUGGGGCCACCCCACCACCCUCCUAUGAAGAAGUUACCGGCCACUUAGAGAGCAGCAGCGAUGAGACUACCGCCCCCUACAGCGAUCCGCCGCCUAAAUAUGAGGAGAUUGUUUUAGAAAAGUGAGUGAAAAGUGACACAACGGUCUGUCUCGCCACUAAACGUUAGGGAACAUUUGAUGUGAUGCACUAGUUCCCGAGCACUUAUCCUAAUGUGGGUCUCACUCAGAAGGGAGUGUGCGAGUUUUGACCUCCCGAGUUAUAAGCGGUUGCCUUGUGUUGUCGGUCAACACGUGGACUGCACUGGUAACAUGGUUGUGUUUUAUAAAUUUGAAUCCUAGAGUUGCUGUAUGCAAGGUGUCUUCUAGACUCCUGCCUUCACGUUUCUUCGCACAACAAAUAUCUUCAUUCCGCGCACCUUUUUACUUCGCUUGAGCUUUCACGCCACAAUGCAUGACUAAGCUGCUACCCUUAAGAAAGACGCUGUAUAAAAGUAAGCGCGAAAUAGAUCCAUCCCUCAAUGGGAGAUGCCAAGUUCCUGGGCGGAAUCAUAAUCGCAUUGUCGGGUAUCAAGCUUCAGAGUCUGCUAGCCAAAAAAAAAGAGCAUUUGUGUGGGGAAAAACAGGCUGAUGUGCCAAAUCGAAUUGGUAUGUCAUAGGAAUGACCAGACAGUCUGUGACUACACGAUGUAAGAAAAACAUAAAUUGGAUGAUCAUCAGAUUACAAUCAAUGUGUGAAGUCAAUUGUUUAAGGCCGAGUUGAUUUCCAUCAUUUUCAAGAAACGUAAACGCUGUGAAUUCUUAUACCAGCAGUAUGUCUAAAAACAUGGCAACAGAAAAGUCCUUAGAAUUAGUAAUAAACUAUCACAUGAUGUAGAUUGUAAGUACAACAAGCUAAAUCGCAUAUAUGUGAAAUCACCUGUUUUGUCAAAGAUGCACUCUUACACGUAUGCACACAAUCUGCUUGUUUAUAGACGCAAACACAGAAAUUUAAACAGAAUGUAACACGAUUCUAUGUUUUUUACCUCUGAAUACAAAAACUCAGUAUUUAGGCCUUAGAUACAUGUACAAAUAGUCAAUCGAAUAGUCUGCUUAGCAGUUCCAAGCUGCCUACGGUUAUUGAGAGAUUUUACCUCAAAUACUGUGCUCACACAAUCACUCUCUCCCAAAACACAAAUGCACAAACACCCUUCCCAAUCGUGGAUAAUACAACAUUCCGGGCAUUUGAAUUCCCGUUUUCUUCUCCCCUCGACUGUUUACAAUGUCUUUUCUCUUUGUUUUUUACUAACUGCUUAAGAAAAUGUGUGAAUCUGUAUAGUUUUGUGUAGUUUUAGACAUCACCGGGUGCUAUACUGUACUAUAAUGCUGCUUGUUUUCACUUUGUGUUAACCCCCACUGUCUCUCUGCGUGUGAUGUUUAGCUUGUGCUCAAACUUGUCAACCAAACUGCCUGUUUGUAACGUGCGGCUAUAUCGAGUAUCUCCAGCUCAGGUUAAAACCAACGAACUGCUGACGUUGCAGUAAACGUGUAAAUAAUCUCUCACACUGCCAACCUUUGAGUGACCGGGAUGUGUCGAAAGAGAGCGGUAUUGUCACUAAACAAUAUGGCUGUAUUACAUGCAAGACUGAUAUUGUAAAUGUGUUGGGCGAAGCACUAAAACUGACAGAGCCUUAAUGUAAUUGUGCUGUAUUACAAAAUGCUAAUUGUACAAAAAAGUAACCAAACACUAUCAUCCAAACAAUCAGAAUGGAUUGAAUAUAAAAACAAGCACAGUAGGGUCGGAUGACCUUGCGUAUACUCAAAGAUCUUGGAUGAUGGGAAAAUGUAGCUGUGUAGACAAACUGCUGACUUGGAUUGUGUCUCUGCUCAUGUCCCAAUGAUCAAUCCCACAAUGCCCUGACGGGCUGUCUUUUGCAUUGAUGGAGCAUCCAGCUUGGAGAUUGCAUUGACAGAGGCUGGUAUAAACUGCGGAUCAGGUUCAGGGUUGGUUGUUGUUAAAGAUUUAAAGCAGAGACAACUCAGACCAACAGAUCUUCAGCGGAUGAUGAGUGUUGAGAGGUGGGCUGGACCAGAGGCCUGAGUGUGACUGUGUCUAAUGUUUAAUGUCACACUAUUUCAGAGUUAGCAAGACCUGGAUGUAGGUGGUUUAUCUAUAUUCAAGACAUAAAAAUUGAAAGAAAAUUGUACGUGUUGGAGAAUAUGUGUGUGUAUAUGUGAUGUGUUCACAUGCCUGUUGCCAGCACCUAUGAAGAAUGUGCCACAGAAGCCACAUGCUUUAUGGUUUAUAUGCUAAAUGUGUUAUAUACAAUACCAAAACCAUUGUUCUUCUUCAAAGCCAAACUGCAUGAUUUUACAUUAUAUGCAUUUUUACAUUGUUUUUCAUUUCAAUAUAUUUUUCACUGUGGCUCUGUUUAUGUCAAAUCUCUAUUACUGCUUAGACCACCUUUUAUCAACAUAAGCAGUUCUGUUAUUGUAAUUCAUAAUAACACAAUUGUACUUUUGUAUAUGCGCUGUAUCAAAUGUCCCUCGUCAUAGGCAUCAUGGCAAUCCUCUACCAAAUUGAUAUGAUAUACUCCAAUAUUCAUUUAGUUUGAAUAAAUAAUACAUAUAAUUAGAUCUGUGACACGCACCAGUCAAUAGUAAACUGACGCAUGGUAUUUCAUCAUAUUAUUUUUUCACGUUCUGUUAAAUAAUUGCUCAUGUAAAGAUUGAAUACAGAACACGGCUAACUUUCAAUCAUGUUUAGUGCAUUUUGUCAAACACCUGUUAAAGCAUUAGUGAAAUAUAUGCUUUUAUAGUUUAUAUUUAUAAAGAUCGUUGACUUUAAAAACAUUAAAAUCGUUUUUGGAGUCUUCCAUCACAAAUCUGUCUUUCUACAUAAUCGUAUGGAUCCUAACCAUGAUCCUAACAGAGCUUCCAAUGAGUCAGACAUUAUUUUUUGCUUUUAUGCUUAUUCUGACGUUUUAUGUAAUCUACAAUAACCAUCAUCUCUGGAUAAAUGCAUUAAAUACAGUGUUGUGAUUGUUUAUA